AUGGCACCUAGGGGAGCAGUGAAGGUUGCUGCCAGGACUAAAGGUGGAGUGGCAGCAGAUGCUAGUGCCUCAUUUCAAGACACAGAUAUAGAGAAGACUGUGGUGAUUCCUGGUUUCAGCAGCUUCCUGAUCACAACCAUUUUAGAUGGUAGCAAUGCUUUAGCUAUUGCUACCAUGCCUGCAAGAGCACCCAACAAUAUGACCUUUCUAAAGGACUCCUGGUUCCUAUACAAUUUUGGGCAAAGGAAUGGACGAAUGUGGAAUAUAUACUCACAACCAUGUAAUUAUCAGUUUCAACAUCUUAAUUCACUAUCCCUCAACACUGUGAAAUACAUUGAUCUGGGACACUCUCAUGUUUUCAAAGUUGAGAUCCUACCUUGGCCAAAAGGUGCCCGAACACUUGAAAUACCACUACUAAAAGUAAUAGUUGGAAACCCAACUUUGUUGGAAGUUAAAGCUGAAGACUCUUUUGAUAAUACUGAGAGUUAUAUAAUGGAAAUUUCUGUAGCUAGCAAAGUUUUACGUAAAAUAAACUACAGGCCUCCAUCUAAUAUGGGAAUCGCUAUUCCACUCACAGAUAAUUUUUAUCAUGCAGAUCCUAGCAAACCCAUACCAAGAAAUUUAUUUCACAAGUCAAAGGAAGCUGGUAAAUACAAACAGUGUGCUAAUGUCUCUACUCGGGAGGAAUGUAAUUGCACAAAUGAUCAGAAGUUUUCACAUGCCGUUGCUUUCUCAGAUUGCAGAGAAAAAGUUCCUCGUUUUAAGUUUCCAGUUACACAAUAUCCAAUUUCUUUGGAAAUUUACAAUAAGGAUGGACAUAUCCCAGUGAAACCUCCGUAUCUGGUUACCGUGACUGAAGUGAAUAUGAGGAAAAACUGGAACCUAAAGCACCAUGUACCAGAAAAUGUUAAAAAAAUGAAAGAUUACUUAGAACAAAUUCUUCAUGCUCCAGUGUAUAAUCCUUUAGGUCUCAACUUAAGUAUAAAGGGCUCUGAGCUUUUUCAUUUUAGAGUGUCUGUCGCUCCAGGGCUCACUUUUUGUAACUUAGUUGAAGAAUUUCAGAUUUAUGUUGAUGAAACACCAUUGCCAUUUCCAGGACAUACGCUUGUUGCCAUAGCAGCAGCCGUAGUGCUGGGGGGAUUAAUUUUUACAGCGUUUAUGUUUCAACUGCAUAACAUCCACCCAUUGACGGCAUUCCAGAAAUGGAUUAGAAGCAAAGUGAACUUUUCCAGUAGCACUGUCUCUGAGCUGGGUCAAAGAUGA